UACUUCAAAUUUAGAUAACUGUGUAUCGUCCACUAUUCUUAAUUAGGAGCAAAAUGGCUCCACGACACAUUGCUUCGCUCUGUGUCAUUGGUCUCAUUACUGCGACAACCGUCCUUGGUCACAUUGCUCCGCCACAUUUUAUUGCAAAACGUGACUCUUCCGCGGAGGAUGACUCCCUCAGAAAAGAGUUACAAUCUCGGGCUGAAAAAAUCCCCGUGGAACGCUACGAUUCGGAUCCGAUCCUUCACCAAACGGUGGACUCGGUGAAUGAGAAAUCCGUCUACAAGGAUCCCCAAACUGACAUGGAAUACUACGAGACUGAUCACUCUGACCGCAAUAAAGCGGCCGUAGCAUUGACAGGAGGGGAAGACAAGCUUCCCAUCACUUCCGGUGGGGACAAAAGGGUCUUCGUGGUCAUGAGGAUGAGCAACAUUGAAGGAAAACCAAAAAAGUAUUAUCCGUCCAUCGCGUAUUUAGUGAAACCGGACUCUAGUUCAGCACCUGCCGACCUUGUAGAGUCCAAGGGGAUCAAGUACGCGGUGGAAUGGGCAGUUUGGAACGAUGGGGUCCUUCAGGGUUUCAAAUACAGCUUCCAAUUUGCCGUGUGUCGCUACAGUAUUAUCAUUCCGUGCAAACCUGAGCUUCCUAUUGCAAACUUUACGGGUUCCACUUCUUCGUCACAGUCCUCUGCGACUACGACGGAAAAACCGAAAACUACAGAAAAAGUUGAGGAGAAAUAUCCGCUAAAUGACUAUUCCGACUUUUUCCUCGACCUUGAUAACAAGAUGAAUGGAAGGUUCCAACUUGUCGGGAUGGCGUUCGAUUUCCUCAAUAAAGCCGUGGAUGGAGUGGGUGCACUGUGGUGCGGGAUUUCUGGCAUGGUUUUGGGGCAAUGUCACGGAUAUGAUCCAAAAGAUGGGUACACAAAGUCACAGAUCGGUACUCCAGUGAUUCGAAGUGACGGAAAAAUUAUGGGUGAGUUUUUGACGGUACAAAUUACUCUAAAAUACUUUAAUAGAAAAUUCUGUUGGAAUUCGUUAGCCGCCGGUGCAAGUGAGGCGUUCGGAUCGGACGGUAUUUUGGGAACCGUGAUCAACUCCGUCUUCACGGCAAACAAGGAUGUACCCAAAGCUCUUCUGAACGCACCGCCACCGCAAGAUGUUCCCAUUGGGGUGCAGGACGAAGAGCAGACGAUUUACCUCAACGCUCCUCCUCCAGCCAAGCGGAGGGUAACGCGUGGCGAAACUGCCCCUGGACCUCGAAUGAAGGGAUGGAGAACACAAUACGCCAAAACCAUCGAGCCCAACAUUAUCUUCAACAAAGAUAAGGACAUCUUUUACGGGAUCGGACAUUGUCCUCCAUCUCCCAAAAGUUCCGCCGAUCUUUACGACACUGCCACCACGGAGGAACUCAUCAUCAAUUUUUACAUGGUGCUUCUCCGCAAUGGAUGCAUAUCACGAGUCAAAAUGGUCAUCCCUGCCCUAAAAUCGGAAGGAAUUCUCGAAUUUAAGGACAAAGCUAUAAACGUCGUGGCCGGAAAUAAGCUGACAACUGAAUCCAAACUGACAUGGAUAGAAGAACAAAAACUCACAUCUGCCUUUGAAAUCAAUGCGGUAUCCUCCGCUUACAAAGAAUCUCGAGACAAACCAGAUCCCGAACCUAAAAAUCCACUCGAUCAAAAAAUCACAAACAGUGUAAAAUUCCUAGAAAAAUUUUCCGUAAAUUUUAUCACUCUCGCAAAGUCCAAAGCACCCAAACAUUUUAUCCGACUGCUUCGCCACUUGGUGCAAAUUCUCCGCUCCGCAAUGGAACGGCUGGGAGAAGACUCGCAAAACUUGGACGAAUGCAGCGGUGAUUGUUCGAAGGAUAAGGAAAUCUUGAAUAACGAUAAGUUAGCGGUGAUGGGAAUCAUUAAAUUCGUUAUGCAUGGUUUUCCCACGGCGGAUGACCAGGUUUAUGCCUCUUUGAAAGAAUUCAUGACAAAGAAUCGGCCCCAGAUUGAGACAGCGUUGAAGGAAUCUAGAGUCUAGUAAAAUAAUAAUACAACCCCCACCAGUUCUUAUUUAUUUAGUCAUUGAUUGUGUAUUCACUAAAUUCAUAAGUAUUUAUUCUUUACACAUGUUUGUGUUAUUUAUAAAUAAAUAAAUAAAUUCUGGAAAGCCUGUAAUAAAUGAUUUUGAAUGAGUGUUAUUGUCAAUCUUGGCCAUUGUUUAAGUACAAGCUAUACAUAUUUGUUACUUAAUUAGGCAGGCGUUCUACUCUCCAUCCACGAUGGAGAUGCGAUCCGCAGAUGGGAUGCAGAUAAGCAGCAUCCGACUUGUCUCGUUAUUUUAUGGUUUGCUAUUCAUAAUUGGACCAGGAGGAGAUUGUGACGUAAAUUCUCCCGUUGUUGUCGCCCAUUUGGAGAAAUUGGCUGGUGCAAUUCCUAUCGUUCGAUUUGAAUCUGACACUGUGGUCAAGCAACAAGUUGAUAAGGCCAACAGCAUAUCAAAGUAUACGCUGUUUGGAGAUACCGAAGUUCUGUAUGAGAGAAGCUCGAACGAUAAGAAUAAAGAUGUCGUCAUCUUGACCUCUGAGGAGGAUAAUAUUCCAUUCACUACUUUUAAAAAGAUUUACGUCGUUUUGAAAAGGAAGCCGG